AUGGCUGAAUCUGAAAUGAUCAUGAUCAUGAUGAUCACAUUGAUAUUGAUGGUGAUGAUCAACUUUGUAGCAGAAGCAGCAGAUACAAAUGAUGUUUAUGAUCCGUGCUCAGAUAGCAAAGUCCAGAAAUUGGAUGGUUUCACCUUUGGCCUUGCGUUCUCCACGAAAGAGUCCUUCUUUUUCAAUCAAACCCAACUUUCACCUUGUGAUAAGCGUCUCUCGCUUUCUGAUAGUAAUUCCCAACUUGCAGUAUUCAGGCCUAAAGUUGAUGAAAUCUCUCUUUUGUCUAUUGAUGGAAACACAUUUGAUCCGGCUACGUCUGGAGGUUAUAUGGUAGCAUUUGCUGGAAGAAACUACGCAGCAAGAUCACAACCAAUAUUGGUUGCUGACAGCACACACAGUAUAACCAGUUUCACUUUGGUACUUGAAUUCCAGAGUGGUACUCUUCAGAACCUGUAUUGGAAGAAAUUUGGGUGUGACAAGUGCUCUGGGGGUCCUUUUGUCUGCCUAAAUGAGCAAGACUGUGCAGUGCCAAACUCCAAGUGCAAGAGCAAUGGUGGGACUUUUGACUGCAAUUUAAGCAUACAACUGACUUUCUCAGGCACAGACAAGAAUCUUGAUGCACUUAACUCAUGGUACGAGGUGAAGAAUCUACGACAGUAUUCACUCUUUGGACUAUUCUCCAAUGUUCGUAAUUCUAUCAUGGGCAACUAUCACAAUCUUUUCUAA